GACCUGGAGCAGUGUUCUCUUAAGGUCUUGGAGCCUGAAGGGAGCCCAAGCUUAUGUUUGCUGAAGCUAAUGGGUGAAAAAGGGUGUACAGUCACGGAACUCAGUGACUUCCUGGUCGCCAUGGAGUACACUGAAGCUCUUCAGCUUCUCAGCCGCCCAGGAAUAAAGAUCACUGUAAACCCAGAGUCAAAGGCAGUCUUGGCUGGAUGGCUCGUGAAGUUAUGUUGCCGGGCAACUGGACACCCUUUUGUACAAUACCAGUGGUUCAAAAUGAAUAAAGAGAUUCCAAACGGAAAUGCCUCAGAACUUGUUUUCAACACAGUGCAUGUGAAAGAUGCGGGCUUUUACGUCUGUCGCGUUAAUAAUAAUUUCACCUUUGAAUUCAGCCAGUGGUCACAGCUGGAUGUUUGUGAUGUCGCAGAAGUAACAGGAAAUUUCCAGGAAAGUCUGGAUGGUAUCUCCGAAAGCAAGCUGCAGAUCUGUGUUGAACCGAGAUCGCAGAAGCUGACGCCUGGCAGCACAUUGAACCUGUUUUGUUUCGCUGUGGGAAGCCCCAUUCCUCACUACCAGUGGUUCAAAAAUGAAGCGCCAUUAACACAUGAGACCAAAAAAAACUACACGGUGCCUUACGUGGGUCUGGAUCAUCAGGGGACCUACUGGUGCCGUGUGUAUAAUGACCGAGACAGCCAGGACAGCAGGAAGGUAGAGGUCAUCAUAGGAAGAACAGAUGAGGCAGUGGAGUGUACUGAAGAUGAACUACAUAACCUUGGACAUCCUGAAAAUAAAGAGCAAGCAGCUAACCAGCCUUUAGCAAAGGACAAGGUUGCUCUUCUGAUAGGAAAUAUGAAUUACUGGGAUCACCCCAAACUAAAAGCGCCUUUGGUGGAUGUGUAUGAACUGACCAACUUGCUAAGGCAGCUCGAUUUCAAGGUCGUGUCGCUGCUGGACCUCACCGAACGUGAGAUGCGGAAUGCAGUGAAUGAAUUUUUACUACUUCUAGACAAAGGAGUAUAUGGAUUAUUAUAUUACGCAGGACACGGUUAUGAAAACUUUGGAAACAGUUUCAUGGUCCCUAUCGAUGCCCCAAAUCCAUAUAGGUCUGAAAAUUGUCUGUGUGUACAAAAUAUACUAAAAUCAAUGCAAGAAAAAGAAACUGGCCUCAAUGUGUUCCUGCUGGAUAUGUGUAGGAAAAGAAAUGACUACGACGACACCAUUCCGAUCUUGGAUGCGCUGAAAGUGACUGCCAAUAUUGUGUUUGGAUACGCCACAUGUCAAGGGGCAGAAGCUUUUGAAAUCCAGCAUUCUGGAUUGGCAAAUGGAAUCUUCAUGAAAUUUUUAAAAGAUAGAUUAUUAGAAGACAAGAAAAUUACUGUGUUACUGGAUGAAGUUGCAGAAGAUAUGGGUAAAUGUCACCUUACCAAAGGGAAACAAGCUCUAGAAAUUCGAAGUAGUUUAUCUGAAAAGAGAGCACUUACAGAUCCAAUACAGGGCAUGGCUUAUUCUGCGGAGUCUCUGGUGCGAAAUCUCCAGUGGGCGAAGGCACAUGAACUUCCAGAAAGUAUGUGUCUUAAGUUUCAGUGUGGUGUGCAGAUUCAAUUAGGAUUUGCAGCUGAAUUUUCCAAUGUCAUGAUAAUCUACACAAGUAUAGUCCAGAAGCCCCCCGAUAUAGUGAUGUGUGAUGCUUACGUCACCGAUUUUCCACUUGACCUGGAUAUUGACCCAAAAGAUGCCAAUAAAGGGACACCUGAAGAAACCGGCAGCUAUUUAGUGUCAAAGGACCUUCCCAAGCAUUGUCUCUACACUAGACUCAGCUCAUUGCAAAAAUUAAAGGAACACCUAGUCUUCACGGUGUGCCUGUCCUACCAGUACUCGGGGCUGGAAGACACCGUCGAGGAGAAGCAGGAGGUGAACGUCGGGAAGCCGCUCAUCGCCAAGCUGGACAUUCACCGCAGCCCGGGGAGGAAAACCUGCUUUCCGACGUGCGUCGCGGGCACAGACCCCUACCCCAGCGCCGGCCCCGCCAGACACUACCGCUCGGCCCCAGACUCCUUCCGGGGCGCCUACCACUCCCACCUGGGCACCCCGAGCACCUCCGUGCCCGACGACUGUCGCUGCAGCCGCAGGGCCGGCGCCUUCCUCGCCGCUCAUCGCGCCCACUACUCGUGCCAGCUCGGCGGCGGAAACGUGCCCGAGGAGACAACGGACGAGAUGCCCUUCGCCUUCUCCAACGGGCUCGGGCUUCCUGAGAAGUGACCUUGGCUUUGACAGUGACACCUUAGUCGGGGCCCCCGACGGCCGUGCUCCUAGAACGUGAGGAACUGUAAAAAGUGAACAUGUCAUAUGUAGAGAGAGAAUCAGCUGGGCCGUUUCAUAGCAAGCUCAGGACCCUGCGAGCCCGGAGGUGUGUGACUGAACUGCAGAAGUCUUCUUCCUCUCCCCAAGGUGCUGUGACUCACCCUCUUCUGUCAGGAAGGGCGGUGUGCCCCUGUCUUGAUGGACCUGAUGAAAUGUGGUCAUGUUUUCACUUGACCACCCCGAGCAUCAUGGGAAGGCAUUCUUGGAGAGGUCUCUGUCUUUAGAACCGGAAAAAGCAGCUCUGUGGUCACCACGCUUACCCUCAUUUCCCUCCAUGAGAGAAACGGCCGAGCCUUCUUUAGGUCAGUGCUGGCAUCCGAACUGGACUCUGGGUUUCAGCACCGGCACCUUUUCCACUACACGUGGCCUCCCUUGCAGGCUUUAUUUUUGUAGAUAGAUUUAAUGGUGUGUAAGUACACAUGUGAGUGUGUGACCUGAAACUGUACAGGCUUCAGUUGUGAUUAUAGGAUAUUGCAGCAAAACUCGGUAAGAGAUAUGUAUAUAGAUCUUAUAGAACAGGCUGGAAUUUAUCGUUCUCGAGGUCACAAAAGGACAUUGGGGGAGACGGUCAUUGUUCUGCUGAAGCUGGACAGCAGCCGUCACUGAGCCUUCGUCGACUUUGAACCUUUUCUUGCAAACACUGAAUGUGUCUUCUUUGAUAAUCAGUAUUAUUUUACUGAACCUCACUGGCCUAAGGAGAAGACCUCAUCACCACCUUUUGUUGCACCAAAAUAAGUUAAAAGAGCACCUGGCAAUCAUCUAGGAUAAAUGGGGUUCAUUUUAAAACAUAACAUCCCACAAAAAAAAUCCUAGUCCCAGGCGGCUCACCGCUGCAUUCUGACAACCACUGUUAGCACCAACCCUCCAUGCAGAAGAGGUGAGUGCAUGUCCCAGCACACUUCAUUAUUAGGCCAGUACCAACCUGAUACAAAGCCAGACGAGAUCACGAGGAAACCGGAGGCCAGUAUGCAUAUGGCUACAGACAGAGAAAUCGUCAUCAGGAUUCUGGCAGGCGGACCCGAGCCACCAAAAACAAGGGCCUCGCCACAGUGCUGAUGCUCUUUAGAGCGCUGGUGCUAAGUGCCAGCCCCCGGCCUGGCUCUGGAGAGUAUCCGUGUGUGCGUGUGCACGUUUGUUCCCUGAGCCUGCGAAAUCCCUCUCACUCUCUGCAGUAACGCUCGCCUCGGGCUCGCUGCCUGAGCGCCUGCUGGUGGAAAGUGGCCCCCAUGGACGCGCUCAAGGCCGGGCUGCCACUGUUUGUAAAAUACUAAUUAUCUGCGAAGCACAAGAAAGCAAAGCUCCAGGAAGCAAGGCAAGUCCUUGUGCAAAACUCAGAAAGAUCACGAUCUUAAAUCCCAAAAGCAGCUUACCCAAAAGGCAGGUUCUGAUUAUUUUAUAAGAGGAAAAUGAGGUUCAGAGGUACUAAAUGACCUCCCUGAGGAAGUCCCACUAGUAGGUACAGAAGUGGGGCUCAGACCUGUCUAGCUGGCCCCGAAACCAAGAUACGUGCCCACUCAGCCCCACCUGCCUCAUCCUCCCUGGGCACUCUUUGUGAGCGGCAGGAAGAAAGCAAGCAGCAAGCAGCAACUCCUGUGUGACCGUAAGGUGUGCGCGCCUCAGGGCCGGGACUUUGGUCAGUCUGCACGUGUCCAUAGAUGAGCAUAAAAAUCCUCAGCUAUUUUAUUAAGUUGAGGAUAAAUUUUGCAGGUAGAUUGGCAAAUUCAUACAUAACUAUGAAUAAUAAACAAUUGAACCAUUUCAAAAAGGGCAAAAUUAUGACAGUUGUCUUCAUGGAAGAAAAAGUAUUUGGUAAAAUUCACCCACUCAAGAUUAAAAUGCCAAACUAGAAGUAGAUAGGCACGUGAUAAUGGACAGCCACAGGAAGCCACGGGGGACCUCCCACGUGGGGCAGCAGGCCGCAGAAGGCAUACCCCGCAAUCGGGAACAGCACCCGGAUGCUGUCUGCUCUCCCCUCUCCUAUGCACUGUGCUUGAGGUGUUAGCUAGGGCAGCAGGCAAGAGAAAGAAAAGCAAGGGUAUUGGGAAAAAAAGGUUAUGUGUUUUCACAGCGGACAUUUCCUGAGAAAUUCCUCUAAGACCGAAUGGCUAUAGCAACGCAUAUUCUGAAAUUGAGUUCAAAUUCCACUUGACAGUAGUAUGGAGAUGAACAAAGUAAAACUGAAACUUUAUUGAAAAAAAUUAAAGAAAACCUAACGGAAAGACAUCUGAUUUUGGAUUCCUGACUUCCAGGAGAGGGGAUAGUACAGUUAUGUUUCAAUCUACCAAACAUAGUAAUUGAUGAGGACAGCCUAGGAAAUGAAUACCAACAGGCAGCUCACAGGUGCACCAGCCCUCAGGUAAACUCCGCCCCAAGCUGCCUUGGGAAGGACAUUGAUUGGAAAAGGCAGAAGUGAUCAUGGGUUCGCCCUACUUUCUGUUGAGAAGGAUUUUGAUUUGACACGUCUCUUGCGCCCCCUCCUGGCCAAAAGCAGGAAGUGUCCCACUCCCAGAACUUUAUUUGAAAGCACAAAUAAAAUGGAACAGAGGGGAUCUCAAAACUUAAAACGGUGAUUUAAAAGAAAAAAAGCUAUCUCCCCCCCGAUCAAACUCUUAGAAAAGAAUGAAGACAGAAGUACCCCCCCAACAUCCUUGAGGUUCCCUCCCACUGUUCUCACCUCUGGUAACCUCAAGACAGUUAUCAAUGUUCACAAAUUUUUGUUUUACUUUGUCGUUUUAUUCGUUUCAUUUCUUUACAGUCCCCUGUAUACACAAAAACAUCCACUGUGUGUGUUUCUGGUGGGGAUGUAGGCUGGUCCAACCACUAUGGAAAGUGUUGUGAAGGACCCUCAAGUUAUUACAAAUGGAUCUACCGUAAGACACAGCAAUUCUACUCCUAGGAAUCUACCCAAAGGACAAAAAAAUAUUAAUUUGAAAGAAUA